CUUCCUGCCCCCGAGGGGGAUCCGUUCGCCGCUCCCGCUGCUCUCACACGCGGCCCGGGGCUGCUGCAGACGCGGGGCGGGCGCGAUGGGGGCGAGGCGCUGCCUGGGGCCGCUGCUGCUGCUGCUGCUGCUCCUCCUGCGGGGAGAGCCCCGCGGCUCGCAGGCACUGGCCGGGGACGGGAGCUGGCUGCAGCCCUCGAUCAUCGGGGGACACGAGGCCAAGCCCCACUCGCGGCCCUACAUGGUGUCCCUGCAGUUCGGGGGGGUUCACGCCUGCGGGGCAGCGCUGCUGCACCGGCGCUGGGCGCUGACGGCUGCUCACUGCCUGUCCGGGAGGUCGUGGCACAAGGGGGUGCUGGUGGCGGGGCUGCACAGCUGGCGGCACCGCGGGGCGGACGCGCAGAGCUUCGCCAUCCGGGCUGCGUGUCCCCACCCCGGCUACGACCGAGACAAGAUGGAGAACGACCUGCUCCUGCUCCAGCUGGACGGGACGGUGACACUGAGCAGGACACGGCGGCUGAUCUCGCUGCCGAGGCGGGAGCCGAAGCCGGGGGCGCGGUGCAGCCUGGCGGGCUGGGGGCUCACCCACCCCAAGGGCGGGGGCCCGUCGCCCACCCUGCAGGAGCUGGAGGUGACGGUGAUGGACACGCGGGUGUGCAACAACAGCCGCUUCUGGCGCGGAGAAAUCGGCCCCGCCAUGAUCUGCUUCCAGGGGCAGCCCCCCGGCUCGACCCCCGCCAAGGGUGACUCCGGGGGCCCGCUGGUGUGCGGGAAGUGGCCGGCAGUGGCCGGCGUGAUGUCCUUCCGCGGCAAGAACCCCACCGACCCCUCCAAGCCGCCGGUGGCCACCUCGACCGUGAAGCACAAGAAAUGGAUCCAGAAGACGCUGCGGAGGGGCUGCAAACCCAGCGAGCUCGAACACACGCCCCCCAGCCUGUGACAGCACCACGGGAUGAGCUCAUCGGGACCCCCGCCACCCCCGCGAGCCCUGCCCAGCUCCUCCUGCACCAUUUCCUGCACCAUUUCCUCCUGCCACCACCUCGGACCGGCACAGGUCACCCGUCAGCAACCAGGAGCCUCCAGCAGCACAAACGGGGGUCCUGGUCCCCAUGUCCCCUCCAAAGCCUCUCCCCUGCGUCCCUUCCCCU